AUGGCCAUGUAUCGCCGCAGCUCCCUGUUCAACCGCUCAUGCCAGCCAAAUGUCGAACAAAGACCGGACAGAAAGUCUCGAAUGGUGUUCACUGCGGCGCGGGACUUGGUCGAGGGCGAAGGGUGCCUCAUCUCCUCUUUCGACUGCGUUGAAGACACUACACUCGAGAUUAGGCAGAGAGUCCUGCUCGACAUGUUCCAGUUCUCCUUUAUCUGCGAGCGAUGCAUUAGGGAACAUACCCGAGCAUAG